CUGGGAGUUGUGUGGCGGACGUGACAGUACGGCAGUGAGCGCGGCACCAGUUGCUGAUGAUGUUGUUGUCGCGGCACCAGUUGCUGAUGAUGUUCUUGUCACUUGGCUAACACAAAACACUGAACACUCCCAGGUCUCCGCUCAGAUGGGGGUUGACAUAUACGUGUACCAUCCUUGAAAGUCUCGGCCGUAACACCAUUUCACAAUGACCUCGUCGGACAUGCGCAUCGAAGGUGUUGGAGGCCAGGCAGGGGACAUAACCCGUGUUAUCAGCAUUGUGGACAACACAAACUGCUGUCUCAACAUGACAACGUCAUCUCCUCUGUACAAUAUCAUAGAUGGAAACAAAAGUGUGUUUAACAACUUAACAUCAUCAGCAUCCGAUUUGGGAUCCAUGAAGAUGGAAAUGCCUCUGUAUCUCAUCCUGUACUUCACGAUCAUCAACAGCGUUGUGUUCCUCACUGGAAUUAUAGGGAACACUCUGGUAAUACAGGUGAUUGUGAGGCUCAAGUCCAUGAGGACCCGGAUGAACUACUUCCUCAUGAGUCUGAGCGUGGCGGAUCUACUCGUCCUCCUCGUGUGUCAACCGUCCGCCAUGUUGGAGUUCUACGGCAAGGACCGAUGGCUUCUGGGAGAAGUUAUGUGCAAGAUCGUCCCCUUUCUGGAACACGCAUCCCUGCACUCCUCCGGGCUAACCCUCCUCAUCAUCGGCUUCGAACGCUACCUGGCCAUCUGCCACCCCCUGAAGGAGCACAGAGGGUGCCACCUGGCGAGCGCCUGCAUCGUCAUCACCGUCAUCUGGCUCGUCUCCUACGUCUUGUCCCUGCCCUUCGUCUUCAUCACCUUCAUCGAGGACGCUACCUUCAACAUGGACGGCUCGACGGUACAAGUGUGUCGGACCAAGACGUCAGGUGUCUGGCAGAAGACGUACAUCCUGUUCGUCUUUGUGUUCCUGUUUGCGCUGCCGCUAUGCAUGCUGGUCUUCAUGUACGCCGGCAUCAUCUGCAGGCUGUGCAACCUCACCGCCGACAACUACCCAGGGGACUACACCAACAAAAAAACAAUCAACUCCCGGAAACAAGUCGUAAACAUGCUUAUCGCUAUAAUGGCGCUGUUUUUUCUGUGUUUGAUGCCGAUGAGAAUGGUGAUCAUCUUGGUGAUAUUCAUGCCUCCAAACGUCCUAGAGGACAUGGGAUUUGAAACCUAUCAGAACAUACUGUCGUUCGCGAGGAUCAUGAUGUAUGUAAACAGUGCUGGAAACCCUAUCAUUUACGGGUUAUUGUCCUCGAAAUUUAGGGCUGCGUUCCGGCGCCUUGUUCCCAGUUGUAAGGAUGGUAUAUAUGUGAGGGAAUCCGCUGUAUCCACCAGAAGAACGGGAAAGAACACGUGCAUGAUUCCUUUAAACCCCGUCAAUGGCUGCAAUGGAACUGCCAUAUAGUCCACGUGCGUCUAACGUGACAAAGCAGUGCGAAAGGUUUCGUGAGGUUAAGAUACUGACAUUGAUAUUUAAAGAAAAAAUGAUUCAUUAAUGCGUAUUGAAUCAAAUGUUCUUGUUUUGUUUUUGUUUUGUUCGAGUGUUUUGCUUAACCUACACCAAAUGAGAUUCUGUCUUGGAGGACGUGCAGUGCCAACUAGGAGACGUACCUCUACUGCAGAACUUAAACAUGUCUACCCGAGAGGCAGAUAAUGACCGUCACAAAGGACAAUAUGUGCCACGUAGGACAACUGUGUACCCAGUAGACGGACACUUGUGUAUUCCUGUUACAAGCAACGUCUGGAGGACGGACAGCGUUUACCCCAGACAUUACUGUCUUCCACAGACACAGACAAUAUCCACUCUUGUAACUGUUAAUGUCUGCAACAAAGGACAGAAAGGUUUUCAACAACCUAAACAUACGACAUGGACGAACACUGGACCACCCGACACUGUAUGCAUGCGAAGAAAGUUCAAGUUAAACGAAAAAAUGAAUAAAUAAAUAGA